AAUUGAAAAACAAAAAAACAAAAAAGAAGAAAUACCAAAAUAAAAAAGAUGGCGGUCCGGGCGACGGUGUCACGGUUUCCGGUCGACUCCGACGCUCAAGAAGCUUCUGGCGUUCCAUGGGGAAUAACCUUAACGCCGUUCGCCGCCAAAGACGAGAACGGUCAAUCGCCGGUCUACGGAUCGGACGGCCAGCUUUUACCUCGAUGCGAGAAUUGCUACGCUUACUUCAACACCUAUUGCGAGCUCGACCAAUGGGCCUGGAAUUGCUCUCUUUGCGGCACACUCAACGGCCUCUCUUCUCAAGCCAUCGCCAGAUACUCUCAUCCUCAGUCCUGUGCCGAAAUGAUGUCGUCGUUUAUCGAUCUCGAGUUGCCUUUGGAAGGAUCGGAUGAGGAAAUGUUGCAUGCUCGUCCGGUGUAUGUUGCGGCCGUUGAUUUAUCGUCUUCCGAAGAAUUUUUGGAGCUUACUAAAAGUGCACUGCAAGCAGCAUUGGAAGCCCUUGCACCUGGGUCACUGUUUGGCCUCGCUACUUUUAGCCACAAAUUAGGGUUAUAUGAUGUUCAAGGGCCUAUACCUGUUGUAAAGAAUGUUUUUAUCCCUCAAGAUACAGAGGGCACCAUGCCAAUUGAGCUUGAAGAUGUCAUGCCUUUGUUACAGUUCUUGGCUCCGGUUGAAACUUGUAAGGACCGUAUCACAUCUGCACUUGAAACUCUGAGACCAACCACUUCAUGGGAGAGAACCCCAGGGGCAGGUCAAGGGUUAGAUGGCGUGUUGAUGGGUGGUCGAGGUUUUGGUGCGGCAAUGGAAGCUCUUUGCAAUUACCUUGGGUCAGAAUAUGGAAAUACAUUUGCAUUAGCUAGAGUCUUUGCCUUUCUCUCUGGUCCUCCUGAUUAUGGACCUGGGCAGCUAGAUACAAGAAGGUAUGGUGAGCAAUAUGCUAGUAAAGGAGAGGAUGCUGACCGUGCUUUACUUCCUGAGCAGACACCAUUCUACAAAGAUCUGGCUGCUGUGGCUGUUCAAGCAGGUGUAUGUGUGGACAUUUUUGCUGUCACAAAUGAGUAUACAGAUUUGGCUUCUCUUAAAUUUCUUAGCAUAGAAAGUGGAGGCUCUUUGUUCUUGUAUACAAAUGCAGAUGAUUCAACACUUCCUCAGGACAUGUAUCGAAUGCUAAGUCGACCAUAUGCUUUUAACUGUGUACUACGAUUGAGGACGUCUACUGAAUUCAAGCCUGGCCAUUCUGUAAGUGCUUACCUCAUGCUUCUUUCAAAUUGUGUUACUGGGAAACUAUUGUCUAUGGUUCCUGCUUCACUUCUUCUUUACAUUCUUUUGCAGUACGGUCACUUCUUCCCAGAUCCGCAAUAUGAAAAUGUUCAACACAUUAUUUGUUGUGAUUCUUAUGCAACAUAUGCUUAUGACUUUGAUUUUGCUAAUAAUGUUGGAUUUUCCAGACAUGCAUCUGAGCAACCUAUGGUGCAGAUUGCCUUUCAAUACACUGUUGUCGUGCCUCCUGAGGAACUCUCUACUUCUGGAUUGGUUUCUUCUACUAGAGGAAAGCAUUCUCUUAAACGGCGACUAAGGAUACGAACUCUGCAAUAUGGAACUGCCCAAAAUCCUAAUGAACUCUAUGAUGGCGUUGAUCCUGAAGCAGUUCUAUCAUUACUUGUUCACAAGGUCAUAUUAGCCUCUUUGGAGCAAGGAGUUAGAGAGGGCAGGAUGUUGCUUCAUGAUUGGCUAGUAAUUCUCACAGCUCAAUAUAAUGAGGCUUUUAAACUUAUCCAGUACAAGAGUGGAAGUAGUUCGAUCACUGCUCAGAUCGAUGUUGCAUUCUCACAAUGCCCACAACUGCAACCUUUUCCUCGCUUGGUUUUUGCUUUGCUUCGAAAUCCUCUUCUCCGCUUCCAUGAAGAAGGUGUUCAUCCUGACUACCGGAUAUAUGUGCAAUGUCUUUUCAGUGCACUGGAGCCAAGUUCUCUUCACCGUGCCAUUUAUCCUGUGUUAACGUCAUAUUCAACUCCAGAUAAACAAGCCUAUCCACGCCACUCAUUGAGUCGUGCUGCUCUGAUCACCAGCGGUAGUCCAAUAUUUUUCCUUGAUGCAUUUACAACUCUAAUUGUCUUUUACUCAUCUACAGCGGACCCUAGCCUGCCUUUUCCUCCACCCCAGGACUGUUUAUUGCGGGCUACAAUUAACAAAUUGAAGCAAGAUCGGUGUAUUACCCCAAAACUUUUAUUUAUCCAAGGAGGUCAGGAUGAUGCCACAGCGUUUGAGAACUAUCUUAUUGAGGAGCAGGACGUUGACGGAAGUGGCCUAACCAGUGUCAUGGGUUUUGUAUCCUUCCUUGAAGAUAUUACCCAAAGUGUGUUGGAGUACAUUAAAUAGGAGAGUAUCAGAACCAUUUUUCUAUCUAAAACCCAGGGCAAGUAAAACUUACACAUUUGCUAGAGGCACAGUUGAGAGAAGAAAUGACAAAGAUGUUGACAUGAGCCUCCUGUUUUCUUAGUUCAGCUGCGUUUGCCCAAAGAAGAUUGGAUCUCCUCCUUACACCAUUUUGGAAAUGAGUGAUUGUUGUUAUCUUUGUACUUUUUGCCGUAAAUCAUUAGGAAACUCGUUUACACCGCAAACCAAAUGGUUGCCAUUACAAAUACAGUAAAAUUUGUAUAACAUAAUUCUUUUGUUAGAACAUCAAAUACAGAUGGAUCAAGCAGUGCUAGUAAAUGUAACCUUUGAUUUUUUUUUUCUUGUUCCAUGCUAAGUGAGAAAAAAAAUUCAAUUUUAUGAGGGAUUCUUUGAAGUUUAUUAGUUGAUACAAUCAAUUUUAUUAAGAA